GCUGCGAGAUGGACAAGAAAAGCAAAAUGCAGUCGGAGAAGCACCUCACAGGAACGCUGAUCCUCUCCGUCUUCACCGCGGUGUUGGGCUUCUUCCAGUAUGGCUACAGCCUGGGCGUCAUUAACGCCCCCCAGAAGGUGAUAGAAGCCCACUACGGGCGCGUGCUGGGCAUCGCUCCCCUGGACAGACAUGCCACCAACGCCUCCGGGGAGGAUGGCACCGUCCCCGUCCCUGGCACAGAGCCCUGGGGUGGCACCGAGGGCACGCUCGCACCCCCGGCCGACACCGGCGAGGACCUCGCCACCUCCCCGCACAUCCUCACCAUGUACUGGUCCCUCUCCGUCUCCGUGUUCGCCGUCGGCGGCAUGGUCUCCUCCUUCACCGUGGGGUGGAUCGGCGACCGGCUGGGGCGGGUGAAAGCCAUGCUGGUGGUGAACGUCCUCUCCAUCGCGGGGAACCUCCUCAUGGGGCUGGCGAAAUUCGGGCCGUCUCACAUGCUCAUCAUCGCCGGGAGAGCAAUCACGGGGCUGUACUGCGGGCUCUCCUCCGGACUCGUGCCCAUGUACGUCAGCGAGGUCUCUCCCACGGCCCUUCGAGGAGCACUGGGGACAUUGCACCAGCUUGCUAUCGUCACGGGUAUCCUCAUCAGCCAGGUCCUCGGACUAGAUUUUCUCCUGGGCAACGACGAGCUGUGGCCCCUGCUCCUUGGUCUGUCCGGUGUGGCUGCCCUCCUGCAGUUCUUCCUGCUCUUACUGUGCCCCGAGAGCCCCCGAUACCUUUACAUCAAACUGGGGAAGGUGGAGGAAGCUAAAAAAAGUUUGAAGAGGCUCAGAGGAAACUGUGACCCAAUGAAAGAGAUUGCUGAGAUGGAAAAGGAAAAGCAAGAAGCUGCUAGUGAAAAGAAAGUCUCCAUAAGGCAGCUUUUCACCUCUUUGAAGUACAGGCAGGCUGUCAUCGUGGCGCUGAUGGUGCAGAUAUCUCAGCAGUUCUCAGGAAUCAAUGCGAUCUUUUACUACUCUACAAACAUUUUCGAGAGAGCUGGAGUUGACCAACCAGUUUACGCAACCAUUGGCGUUGGAGUGGUGAACACAGUCUUCACAGUUAUCUCCGUCUUUCUGGUGGAGAAGGCAGGCAGGCGGUCCCUGUUCCUGGCUGGUUUGAUGGGCAUGUUAAUAAGCGCCGUGGCCAUGACGGUUGGACUUGCGCUCCUGAGCCAGUUUGCCUGGAUGAGCUAUGUCAGCAUGGUCGCGAUCUUCCUCUUCGUCAUCUUCUUUGAAGUUGGGCCCGGGCCCAUCCCCUGGUUCAUCGUAGCCGAACUGUUCAGCCAAGGCCCGCGCCCCGCCGCCAUCGCCGUCGCCGGCUUCUGCAACUGGGCCUGCAACUUCAUCGUGGGAAUGUGUUUCCAGUACAUAGCGGAUCUGUGUGGACCGUACGUGUUUGUGAUCUUCGCGGCUCUGCUUCUCGUCUUCUUUCUGUUUGCGUACCUCAAAGUACCGGAGACAAAAGGAAAGUCCUUUGAGGAGAUCGCAGCUGUGUUCCGCCGCAAGAAGUUCCUGGCCAAAGCCAUGACUGAGCUGGAAGACCUGCAAGGCAGCGAGAAGGCAUAG